AGUCCAGAGCCAUCAUUCUGGGCGCAGGUAGCUGCGUGGUUCUGAGGAGAACCUGGCGACCGGGCUUGGAGCGUGCUUCCCAGAUCGGUGACACGCUCCCCUGAGGUCGGGAGGCCAGACUGCAUCCUGAACGCUGCUAUGGAGGAGCCGCAGUCGGAUCUCAGCAUCGAGCCUCCCCUGAGUCAGGAGACAUUUUCAGACUUAUGGAACCUACUUCCUGAAAACAACGUUCUGUCUCCUGUAUUGUCCCCUCCUAUGGAUGAUUUGCUGCUAUCUUCAGAAGAUGUUGAAAACUGGUUUGACAAAGGCCCAGAUGAAGCCCUUCAAAUGUCAGCAGCUCCUGCACCAAAGGCCCCCACACCAGCGGCCUCUACACUGGCAGCCCCUGCACCAGCCACCUCUUGGCCCCUAUCAUCAUCGGUCCCUUCUCAAAACACCUACCCUGGUGUCUAUGGUUUCCGUCUAGGCUUCAUUCAUUCUGGGACAGCCAAAUCAGUCACGUGCACGUAUUCCCCUUCUCUCAACAAGCUAUUCUGUCAGCUGGCAAAAACCUGCCCUGUGCAGCUAUGGGUUGACUCAACACCCCCACCUGGCACCCGCGUCCGCGCCAUGGCCAUCUAUAAGAAGUCACAGCACAUGACAGAAGUUGUGAGGCGCUGUCCCCAUCACGAACGCUGCUCUGAUAGYGAUGGCCUGGCCCCUCCUCAGCAUCUCAUCCGAGUGGAAGGAAAUUUGCGUGCAGAAUAUUUGGAUGACAGAAACACUUUUCGACACAGUGUAGUGGUGCCCUAUGAACCUCCUGAGGUCGGCUCUGAGUGCACCACCAUCCACUACAACUACAUGUGCAACAGCUCUUGCAUGGGAGGCAUGAACCGACGGCCCAUCCUCACCAUUAUCACGUUGGAAGACUCUAGUGGUAACCUGCUGGGACGGAACAGCUUCGAGGUACGCGUGUGUGCUUGUCCCGGGAGAGACCGCCGCACCGAGGAGGAAAAUUUCCGCAAAAGAGGAGAGCCUUGCCCUGAGCCACCACCAGGGAGUACUAAGCGAGCACUACCCACUGGCACCAGCUCCUCUCCCCAGCCAAAGAAGAAACCACUGGAUGGAGAAUAUUUCACCCUUAAGAUCCGUGGCCGUGCACGCUUUGAGAUGUUCCAAGAGUUGAAUGAGGCCCUGGAGCUCAAGGAUGCCCAAGCUGAAAAGGAGCCAGGGGAGAGCAGGCCACACCCCAGCUACCUGAAGUCCAAGAAGGGGCAGUCUACCUCCCGUUAUAAAAAAAUAAUAUUCAAGAGAGAGGGGCCUGAUUCAGACUGACAUCCUCUGACUCUUGUCUCCCACCCCCACCCCUGCCCUCCUUCCCUAGCAUUUUGGAACUUGGGUGCUUGAAUCCCUGCUUAGUAUAGAUGUGCCUCAGAAAUGCUUAGGAAUUCUGCUAUUUGUCUUGUCUAUAGUUUCACUCAAGUCAGCCUGCACUGGUGUUUUGGGGAGAGGUGAGAGCUAAGACAUACCUAUGGCUUAGCUUUAACUGUGAAGAGUGGGAGAUGGAAGAAAAUGUUCUUGCAUGUAAGGGUUAACCUACAACCAGCCAUCCGAUGGGUUAAAAGCCCUUCUUCAACCAUGCCGACCAGAAAAGCUAAUUUCUCCUAACUUCAAUACCCACAUCUAUAAAAUGUUGAUCAUCGUACCUACCUCACGGGGUUUGUUGUGAGGGUUAAUGAAAUAACGUGUGUCUGGCUUUGAACUGCCUUGUAUUAGGAGGUGGCUGGGACUUGGCCCCCUUGUGGUUGUUGGUUUCCUGCCCCUGUUAGGGCAAUGUGUUGAUGGUUUCCAAGAUUGAGCAGCUGGUUAAAGGGAAGGAGUUGCCAAGUCUGCUGGCCAGCCAAAUCCUGUCCAACCUCUUGUUGAACCUUGGCACCUGAAAUGAAAUCUUAUCCCAUCCCACAGCCUGGAGGAUUCCAUCUCRGGCUUAUAUAGGAUCUGUGUCCACCAAGAUCUGUUUUACUUCCCCCAUAUGCUCAGGGUCAGGUUUUUGUAGUUUUGGGGGGUUUUUUAAUUUUUUUUUUAUUUUUUUAUUUGUUUGUUGGCAAGACAAAUCUGCCUUUGUUACCCCAUACCCUUUCUCUCAUUUUAUAUCCCCUUUUUAUAUCGAUUUCUUGUUUUACAAUAAAACUUUGCUACCACCUG